UCGUUGUCAUUGUCGGAGGGUCGGAGUUCAUUGUGCCACAAGUGCAUUCCGAGUGCCGGCGACGCCAAUUGCUCGUUACAAACCUGGGAUCAGUUGCGAAUCGCUCUGUGAAAGCGACAGUGACAUUUCCCGGAGCGAAGGCUUGGCCCUUGCAAUAUUCUCGAGUAGUAAAAACGUCAUAGAAAUACGUCUGUGUGCAUUCGCAAGAUGAUACGGAAUUUUCGUGACAUAAAGGGUAGUCCGUAGUUCACAUUCGCAUCACGAAUCUAUUUGAAUUUAUCUCUUUGAAUUUUACAAAAGAUACAUAAAACAGAAGUGUAUAAACAUCUCCUAUAAAUUUUAAAGUAUGAUCGAUAUGGCGUUCUAUCUACUUUAACUCAUUAUUUUAUGUUAAAAAAAAUAUAGUUUAAUUUUAAUUUUAAAUGGCACAUUAUGUUUUCAAUGAAAAUUGCAGAGAACAUAAUGCGUUGAAACUAACAUAGAAGUGAUACAAUAUUUAAGAAGUCACACGGAUUAAAUCAAAAACUGCAGUAAUUAAAUUUUUUCUUCCAUCUGACUAGUGAUAUACGAGAAGAUGAAAGCGUCACUUUUACUCAAACAACGCCACCGACUAUCACGGUUCUUUCGAUGUAGGUUAUUCUGAAAAAAUUGUAUUUGAAACUCGAAACUCAAAUACUUUUGUCGUGCUAACAGUAAUCUUGUAAUUGAAAUGAAUUUCUCGGAGAUUUUGUGGAUCUUCAUUCUGAUCAUGGUGUUUGAGACGGUGUCUCUUUCCAGCUCGUUGACCGGGUAUCACGUGUGCUCAAGGAUAGAAAAUUACACAGUAACGUCAUACGAGACUUACACCGAGCCGGUUGUAGUCAACACGUUCACUUGGUGUCUACAAAUUCCCCCAAGAUGCCCCAAGACACGGACCGAGCUACGACAACGAUACCGUACAAAAAUAGAAAAGAAAUCGAAAACUAUAAAAGAAUGCUGCGAAGGAUACAAAAUGCUGAUUACUCACGACGAUACAGAGACGGAUGUGAGGUGUUUACCGUUUUGCGAAAAAUGUCUGACGGGUAUAUGUAUCGCGCCGAACAAAUGUCAAUGUAAUCCUGGAUAUCACGGAGAGAAUUGCGCCCAUGGAUGCCCGAUAGGAAGCUGGGGUCUAGACUGUGCGGAAGUGUGCAAGUGCGGUGAAAAUGGCAUCUGUGAUCCUAUAAAUGGCGCUUGUCAAUGUUCUCCAGGAUUGCAAGGACCACAGUGCCAAGAGCAUUGUACAAUCGGCCAAUGGGGUCCAGAUUGCGCAAACAACUGCACAUGUCAAAACUGGGACAAUAACUGCGAUGCCGUAACCGGAAAAUGCACAAAGGAUGACGCCUCUUUAGUCGAACAAACGUCACCCGCUUAUUUGCAAAGCUCUACUACUGAACGCGUACAAACACCCAGAAUUAGCAACAUGGAAUACACAGAAGUUGUCUCGGCGCCGCGUAAGACUACCGAGCGCCAGACAGAAGAUGACAGUUGGAAUGACACAAAUUAUAUUCAGGAAACGACAAGUCCGGCAACAGCUUCGAUCGCGAUCCCUCCUCAGAAAGCAACAACAAAUGGAACGCGAAUAAAGAAUCUUUCGACUACUGCUCGACCUGUAAUUGUAUUAGUCUCCGUUCCCGAACGUAGAAGAGAUGUCGAAAAAGAUAGGCAAAAGUUUGAAACGAAGAACGCGUUUCUCAGACAUGUACAAAAUGACGAAAGCAUCGACAUGCCAAAUAUCAAUUAUGUAAAAACCGUUCAUAAAGAUGACAUUCAGACAUCUGCGCCGAUUCCAUUGGACAUCGCUCUAAUCGUCGUGGCUGCGAUCGUCUCUCUUGGUUUGACCUCGCUCGCGGUGGUUAUGGUUCUUCACAUGCGUUCUAAAUUGUUCGAAACCGUUCGUCUUGCCGUUUACGACGACGAGAAGAACAAGAGCCAAGAACGCGAAAGUAUGAACACCGGAAGAUUGUCCACAGUGGUGAACGCUAGCCUGCCUCCACCUCCGAUUCGUGUGAAUCCCAUAUUUGCUACUAGUACGGAACCGGAAACGAUAUUGACUGUCGACGGCAUUGAGUCCUUGAAUACUUAUGCUAAUGGCGCCGCUACAAUCGGUCUGCGAAUUUCCGGUAAUCUUCGCGAUCUAUUACAAGACAGCCAUUACGAUCGACCAUCAGCAACUCUGAUACGUCUGCAAACCAACUUUGACCAUAACACGGAGCAUGUAUACGAUGAAAUACCUUUGCAAACCACUCCCCUAUCCAAUCGCAAGGAUAUGUGAUGGAAACACUAUUCAUUACAUUCAUGGUCAAGUCCACCUAUAGUUAAUAAUGCAAUAAUGUCAUAAGACAAAAAUUAAGCAAUUUUAGACGAAAAGCGAUCUAUUAUAAAUAAAUAAUCGGUAAAAAGUCAAUUUUUCGAUUCUAUUGAAAAAUACGCGGAAACUGGUUUCCGACCUUACGCACAACCGUUGAAGGCUGAACGUGAUUGUAAUCGAGUGGAUAAGCAGAAAAACAAGUCAUUUAAGCAUCGUACUGCCAAUGACCGCCGAUAGAAUUUAACCAGUGGAACGUGCAACUUUCUGAAUCAACUAUUUUAAUGGAAUGACGUCAAACCGAGGGAGAGAGAAUGCACUAGAUUACGAUUGCGCGCGAAUGCACAAUUAGAUGGAAAGCGCGAAAUAAUAGAGCCCCGUGUAACGAGCAGGGAAAUACAGCGUCCUAACAUACUCUAUCAUUAUCUAGAUAGUUUUAAACAUUUGUAUAGUCAAUGCCGAUCUAUCUUGCUUACACGGAAAAAAAAAAA